AUGGAGCAAAAACCAAAUAAUUCUGCUUCGAAAUUUAUGAAGCUCUUUGAGAAAGCAAAGGCUACCUUUUCCGCUUUCUCCUUCGCCACAACCUCCAGCAGUGGCGGUAGCGGUAGCAGGACAAACAACAACAUCAUCAACAAAGGUUCUGAAUUACCUUCCUAUGUAAAACGUCGGUUAGAAUUAGGAGGAAUGAGGGUCCUUAUCUUAGGAUGUGGAACGGGAACCUGGUUAUUGGAAAUGGCCGAGAAAUAUCCCGAAUCAACCUUCAUCGGGUUCGAUGAUUCAUCAGACUAUCCCGGUGAUGAAUCAUCACAUCUACAAAACGCGGGGUUUAAGAGAGGUGAUUUUCUAUGUGGAAUCCCGUUCCACAACUCGACCUUUGAUCUGGUCCUCGAUUUCGUGGAUAGAUCCAAGCUAUCGGGUUUUCAAAAUGACAAUCUUUUUUCUGAGGUUGUUCGUGUUUUGAAACCUGAUGUUUUAGCAGUAGUUAGUUUUCCACAAGAAUUUUUAGAUAUGUAUUAUUAUGUAUACACCGGUGGAAUAAUUAACGCAAUUACUCAAGAAAUGCCUUUUACCCCAUUUUAUGUUUUUUUGUAG